AUGUCUAAAAAAGAACCCACGCUAGCCGCCAGCUACACCAACUACCUUCGGAGAUCCAAUACGAUAUCUUGUCCAAACUGCGAUGGGGAAUUCCCUGAUAUAGAUGAGCGCAUACGCAACCAUCUGAAAGACCGGCAUGCCGAUCUUAUCGAGGGCCAGGAUACUGCCACUCUGAUACAAGGUGUCCGGAGAGGACACGCCAUAACUGGCAAAUCACCAGAACAGUCUAGUUCCAACCAAGAACCUUUCUCUACUACGGCAGACCCGGGGGGUGGCCAUACGGACUCCCCAGCUAUUCGGGAUGACACUCUGAGUCCAUACAAGAGGCGCAAGUCCCCCGCAUCCUCCAUCAAAGCCCGCCCGAGGUCUGCCAGUCCUCCUAAGCGGUCAAGAGCCAGACCUAUAUCGACUGCUGCUGUCGAUGACCCCGACUUUCUUAGACGAUCACCCCAGCAGGGAAAGCUUUGGAACCCAGACGAUGGUGCCUCGCCUUCCACGCCUCGGGCUAAGCCUUCCUCGCGAUCCUCACGGACUCAUGGCCAACAUAGGAAUCGCCCGGAUGCCGUUGAGGCCGAGGACUCCCUCAAGCUUAUCAAGCAGCCCGAGACUCGUCCCAUUGGCCAAGAUCAGCUAGUCGCUGAGGUCAAGGGGAUCUAUGCCGGCCUCGUUAUGGUCGAGGCCAAAUGUAUCGAGGUUGACAAUGCGCAGUCGUCACAGAGUGACGCUAAAUUAAACAAUGAGCAGUGGCAGGCCCUCAUAGCGUUGCACCGGACGCUGCUUCACGAGCACCACGACUUUUUUCUUGCCUCUCAGCAUCCUUCAGCAAGUUCAGCAUUGCGACGUUUGGCCUCCAAGUAUGCCAUGCCGGCGCGCAUGUGGAGGCAUGGCAUCCAUUCGUUCUUGGAGUUACUGCGUCACCGUCUCCCGGCCUCGCUGGAGCACAUGCUUACGUUUAUUUACUUGGCUUAUUCGAUGAUGGCACUGCUGUACGAGACAGUACCAGCAUUCGAGGAUACUUGGAUAGAAUGUCUCGGGGAUCUGGGAAGAUACAGAAUGGCUAUCGAAGAUGACGAUAUUCGAGACAGGGAGGUGUGGACCUCAGUCUCACGCCAUUGGUACUCCAAGGCGUCUGACAAGGCGCCUACCACCGGUCGGUUAUAUCAUCAUCUGGCGAUCCUCGCUCGACCCAACGCACUGCAACAGUUGUUUUAUUACACGAAGUCAUUGUGCGUUCCGAUCCCAUUUGCCUCGGCUCGGGAUUCCAUCAUGACAUUGUUCGACCCCGUUCUGAGCACGAAUGAAGCGAACCACCACCCCCGGUUGAUUCCAAUCGACGUGGCCUUUGUCAAGGCGCAUGGCAUCCUCUUCAGCAACAAGUCCCCAGACAAUUUUGUUCCUGCUGUGAACGCAUUCCUGGAGAAGCUAGAUGUCCACAUUGGGCGCACUACCAGACGUUGGAUGGAGUGUGGUUACCAUAUCGGCAUUGCCAACUGCUGCAGUCUCUUAUCAUACGGUCAGGAGGAGAACGUGAUCAUGAAGGCGAUCAGUUCGCGGCCGGACGAGACCAAGACAGAUCAAAGUCUGAAAUCUACUGAGCUGUCUGAUCAGAAGCAUAGUAAGAAUCUCGACGGCGCCCUUCGUCUUGCGGUGGGCACAUACGAGGUUGUCUUUCACCGUCUGGGUGAUCCCAACGUUCUGCCGUUCCUUCAUGUCGUCAUGGUCUUCAUGCAUCACAUUGCCAAGUUCCCAGACGCGAUGGCGCACGUUGAGGAUCAGUUUCCCUGGAAGUUAGUCUCUUUGUUCUUGAACUCGCUGCUUCUUCCGUAUCGAGAUCACGAGCGGCUCCACAGCGUCGAGUUCCCUCGAGAAGGCAAGGAUGUGCCGCCACGUCCCUUCCCUGAAGACUUUGCUAUGAAGGGUCUCCUUUGGGUCAAGCACUACUUCCCCAAAGACUGGUUCUCAAAUGAGAAGAUCGACGACGAUGAGAAAUACUUCGAAGUCGCAUCGAUGACUGAUGAACGCAAGGAGAGGAUACUCUGGCUUGGCUGUCGAGUCGCUGAAGCGGGCAAGUGGCUCACCUACGACCGAACGCUGCACCGAUUUGGGGUGACUUCCGACUACGAGAAGGAAAUCGAUGCCAUCGCCAAAGACGCAGACAUGAUGAACAUAUCAGAGACUACUGAUACGAUAUCGCGUACUCCUACUUUCGCAUCGGCUACGACCGUCGGCAGGGCUCCUUCGUGGUCUUCAGAGAAGGACGAAGAGGACUUGAUGGACCUCGAUGAGGCGCCGGCCAAGAAGCCUAUCAUCCAGCUGUGA